CCUCAGCGCUGAAUUCCGGCCAGUGGACACCUAGGUCGAUCCGAGUGAAGACUUGAAGAGAACGCUCCGCUGUGUAGGCUACGAAUGGGUGAUUAAUCCAGCUUGUGGUCGGCCUCUUUCGACAGAAGAAGAAAAGGACAUCAUGCAUCUUGCCCUCCUGUUGAAAUUCACCGUCAUCUACUGCUGGGUCAACCGCCGGUCGUGGGUCCUUUCCUUAACAACGAAUGGGAGGUUCAUCGUCACAGACGAGAUGUACCAGAAGGCUCUGCCUGCCGGGGCUAUCGACGGCCCCAAGCAAAUCUCGAAGGCCAGGUACUACUCAACGACCAAAAUAGAGGCGAUACUUGAAUGCGGAAAACGUUGUUUCCAGACAUAUAAUUGCUCAUCGUUCCUUCUGGUCCCUGGGGAGUCGAACUGCGCGCUCUCAACUCUGGACAGAUGUUCUGAUAACGAAAAUCUGCUGUUUGUUAGACCUGAAUUCGAUUACCAUGAAUUGCUGCCUGAGAACAAGACGGGUGCUACGGCCACAUGCUACAGAACCUGCUUUACACGGAACCAAGGCAACUGCAGCAAAUGCGGACGUAAGGACUGUUUCGGAGACAAGUGCGACGACUGUCGGAAACACUGCUGGGACAUCCCAGGCGGCCACGAAGGUAGAAUCGAACUCUGGAAAGAAAAUCUGAGCGGUCGGAAAUGGCAGACAUGCAACGGCACCUGGGAGCAACUGUGGACCUCAGACAAGCCCGAAACGUACCAAUGGACACCUUCCUAUCCUCUCACGUUCAAGAUGAACGUCACCUAUACGACUGGCAUAGAAAACAUCGUGGAAUGCGACUCGGUGGUCAUGAAAGGCAAUCUGCUCAGCGUCGGGCCGUGCUCAGGAAACGCGACGAGUUUGUGGGAAGCGCCCUUCACCGAACGCAAGAUGAGCUGGAUAACUAACUCGACUUGCAAAGGUUUUUGGUAUCCUCCAAAUAUGACGAUUUGCCAGCCUGACCAAGACGGGAUCGGUCCGGGUUACGCUUGGGAAACUCGUGAUGAAGCGCAGAUUGAGGGCAAGAUUGCUAGCAUCGUCUUUUGGAUGAAGAAAUUAUGAAAAGUUGAGAUUUCUGUCUUCUGUCUCUGUGGAUUUUGACCCAGAUAAUUUUAGAGGACUUUCUGGUGAUCCUGAAGAUGCAGCUGUGUGAAGUGAAAAUGAAUUUGGAUGAAGGGAUCAACGUUUUGUCAUUACCAAUACAAGAUGAGAGAAAUAGACUUUCCCUCUAACUCAAAUGAUAUUAGAAAGAUUACUAUUAAUCCAGUAAUUUCAGGGAGCUUACUGGACUCGAAGCUCAGUAAAAAGAUUACUAUCAAUAAAUAGCUCGUCAUUUGUACUUAGACAGAAUUUUCACCUUCUCAUCAGUACCUGUAUAAAUCACUGAUCGUUAUUUAGUUUCUGGGGUUCCUUUGCCAACAAUUCGGCCAUUCAAACCUUACUCCUCUGGGUUAUUUUCUUUGAGGAAAAGAGUGAUAUGUAUAGUCACUCACAUAAGUUCAUGGAUGUCUCCGGGCAUAAAGCCGAAUUCUAUCCAACCCCUUUCUGGACAACGGGUCUGUAUAGUGACGUAAGACGGCCACACACCGAAACUUUCUACAGCAGAGUUAGGUAGUUGAACAUUUGGCCAGUUUCGCGCUCCCAGACACCUGUCAUUCAGAAAGGGGUGAAAUGGAAAUCUCUCUCAAACACCCAGAUAUCCAUGAACUUUUAUAAGUGACUGUACAGUCGACAUUGUUUACAAGCGUGGAGACAUUGUCUCUGAAAAAAAUCCCUGUUGACUAGUUUACUUAUUCAGUAUUAUCAGGUUUCGUGUUCAUUGUUUUAUCAUAAGCCUCUAUGACACAUAUCUUAUACUUUAUUUUACAUUUUUUAAUAAUUCAUUUUCAUUCAGGCCUUGCUUAUGUGAAGGAUUAAGCUAGAUAAUUGCUGUUUUACCUUACAGGAAAACACUACCAUGACCUUCCCGGAGUUAUAGUACAGUAGUUGAUGAGAAUUGAAGGUUUGGUGAUAAACACACUCAUGGGAAUUUAGGAAAUAUUUAAGAUGUCUGCUGAAAAAAAAUGUAUUAUUCAUAAUAAAAACUAUUCGUAAACAUGUAAGGAAAAUUUAAAACAUUAAAGAUUUUAAGUACAAUUUAUUCUCUCUGAAGCAUUUGUAACUCUAGGAAUAACCUGCUGUUAAAUACUAUUUUUAGAAAUAAAUUGAUGAGUUGGUGGUAAUUUAUCGCUAUAUUAAGAAAUAAUUCAAGAAAUGAGGGUACAGCAGUACGGUAAUCACAAUGUUUUAUUGGGGACAGGAAUAAUGUUAAUGAAUACAGAGAAAAAAUUCGGCACCCAAUAAUGAUUUCUGACCCCCCACAAAUAUAAUGAGUCUAUUGAGUGAUUUAGGUACGUUAUACGUACAUUAUAGCAAGAGACGUUUUAUACAGCAGAAUUAUGAAAGAUAAACGGCAACAUUAUAGUUUUUGGUAAACAUUUGCUUAAAGGAAAGGAGCCUAAAUGGUCCCU